AUGGCUGAGAUACUCGUUGCGGGAGAACACCUUCGCUCAGAGUCUGCCAUUGCGGCAGCUUUCUAUCACCUUCUAUCGAACGCCAACGAUGACCUUCCGAUUAAUCGUCUUUGUUGCACUUGCAAUUGCGUCCAGUGCACAUGCCUUGCCGACUCGAUCCGCCUCGUCGGGAUGCUCCGUUUCCAUAAACGAAGACUUGAACGAGCCACAGCCACUGGUGCUCGUCGCGAAAAACUUGGGAGUUGGCUAUCGUUGGCCCGUGGACACCACUGGUACUCUAAAGUUCGCCGCCAACGAAGAAUUCCGUUUGGUAUGCAGCGGAAACGGUAACUACCUGAUGGAUGUCGGCGAUAAUAAAAUUCAGGAUAUCGCGGCUUACUGCGUAAGCGACAAAACCUUCCUCGUGAACUCCGUCGAAUACGAGUUCGCUGACUUGGUGUGUAAAAAGACGGUCCCCAGUGUGGUACGAAAAACCGGGAAAACUUGUCUGAAUUCUUACACCCAGUUAGAGAUCGGUUUCGACCUUGGCAAGGAUUUCCUCGGGACCAUGGACGUAUGCAGAGAUCAGAAUACCUUCGUCACUUACUACGUCAAGGUGAACUUGCCCAAAUCUAUCGGCGGCUUCCAAUCGGGCUAUCCGCGUCCUUCGUGGUCGCAGAGUGACUUUUGGGGACCUUACGCCAUCGGUGAUCUAUACUACAGGCCGGUCCAGAAAUCCACCAUGUCUUUAAUUUUGAAAUCUGAAGACCUCGGUCAAACUUACAUCAGCAGUACGACGAACUACUACUUUGCUAGGGGUCAUCUGGCUCCGAAGGCGGAUUUCGUUUACGGUUCGGCGCAACGUUCGACUUUUUGGUACAUCAACGCGGCUCCACAGUGGCAAACAUUCAACGCAGGUAAUUGGAUGUUCCUGGAAUCGGACGUGAGGAAAUACGCGAGCAGUUCGCAGCUUGAUCUCGAGAUUUUCACGGGCGUUCACGGUAUCGCGACUCUACCCGAUGAGAAGAGUAUCAGGAGAGAGCUAUACUUUUACGCCACCGGAAAAGAAAGGGCCCUGCCGAUUCCGAAGUUCUUCUGGAAGAUCGUCUACGACCCCAUCAGUCGAAAGGGGACCGCGUUCGUGGGAGUGAACGACGUUUACGUUACCGAGCUUACUGACGAUCGGUUCAUCUGCGAAGACGUCAGCGGAAAAAUUCCAUGGCUCUCCUGGCAGCCCGCAAGCAUUCGAAAGGGAAUUUCUUACGCGUGCGCCAUUGACGAUCUCCGAAAAGUGGUUCCAACUUUACCAAAACUCGACGUCGCCGGUAUAUUGAGUUAGGUGUACCGAGCUUCGACAAAUCUAUGAAAUCACACCAAAUAUUAUUACGAAACAUGUACUCAAAAUACUCAAGCGGUUGAUCGAACGACCAAAAAAUAUUUAUGCAUCUU